AUGGGCAAACGCACCAAGCAGUACAAGAAGCUGAUGCGGUCCUUCCAGAUGCUCGGCUUCCGCGAGCCCUACCAGCUCCUCAUGACGUCCGACAUUGUUCUCGACACGAUGAAGCUGGACCUGAUGACCUUGUUCGAAAAGGCGCUGUCGACCAAGAGCCUCAAGCCGAUGAUAACGCAGUGCUGCAUCCGGGCCAUGUACGCGCGGAACAAGGAGCCGGGGGUGGCGGCGGCGAUUGAGCGGGCAAAGACUUUUGAGAGGAGGAGGUGCGGGCACCUGAUGGACGAGGACCCGCUGACGGAGAGGGAGUGUGUUAUGGCGGUGGUGGACCCGAAGAGGAGGAACGAGAACAAGUUUCGGUAUGUGGUUGCGACGCAGGACGAGAUGCUGAGGGAGAAGCUGAGGGCUGUGGUGCCGACGCCGUUGAUGUAUGUCAAGAGGAGUGUGUUGAUUUUGGAGCCGAUGGCGGAGGCGAGUUUGAAGGUUAGGGAGCGGGAGGAGAAGGCCAAGUUUAUGAGCGGUAUUACGAGAGGGACGCAUAAGAGGAAGAGAGUGGAUGAUGAGGAUCAGUCUGGGAGUGAUGAGGAGGAUGAUAAGGAAAAGGGCAAGAGUUCGACACAGGGCGAGGACGACAAGCCGAAGAAGAAGAAGAAGAACUACGGCAAGAAGGGACCGAACCCAUUAGCGGUCAAAAAGGCAAAGAAGGUUACGGAUGGGCAGAAGGAGCAAAGGCCUAGGAAAGAGGAGACAGAAGCGCCGGCUGCGGAGGUAGCGGGCGAGCACAAGGCCAAGAGGAAAAGAAGGAAAAAGGCUACGACUGGUAAGGGCGCUAGUGAUAAGGAGAUCUCGGCCGCGGUUGAUGCUGCGAUCGCGGGUGCGGAUAUGCAGGACUGAGAGGACGAUGCCAGGCUGUAUAGGCCUGCAAUAGGCCCGUGGCUGACAUAGACUUCUGGCAUCACAUGGGCGAAAGAUGUAUUGACUUUGAUGUAUUAACUAGGGUUUUGUUGGCAUAGAUGCUAGCAUAAUAACAAUUGUAUUUGGCAUCUGGAGCACGUGC